CCGCGUCGCUCCCUCCGCUCCGCCGGCCUCCCCGACCGCGCCGUCGACUCGCCGCCGCCGUUCUUGGUUGGCUUCCCCACCCUGCCGGCGGGGACAAGAUGAGCGACGACGUGAUAUGGCACUGCAUCCGCCACAACCACUGCAGCUUCAUGGCCAAGAUCGAGACGGGGAUAUUCUGCCGGAACCCCUACAACGCCACCGGCAUAUGCAACCGGAGCUCCUGCCCGCUCGCCAACAGCCGCUACGCCACCAUCCGGGACCACGACGGUGUAUUCUACUUAUACAUGAAAACUGCUGAAAGGGCUCAUCUGCCAAAAAAAUUAUGGGAGAGAGUCAAACUACCCAGGAACUAUGAGAAGGCAAUGGAAAUCAUCAACAAGCAUCUUGAAUUUUGGCCCAAGCUACUUGUGCACAAGAUCAAACAGCGUCUGACAAAAAUGACUCAGUAUCGGAUAAGAAUGAGGAGACUCCAACUUAAAGUGAGAGAGAAGAUAAUGACAGUUCCCAGGAAGAAAACUCAGCGUGAUCUCCGAAGAUUGGAGAAAGCUGAAAAGGCUGCUCAACUAGAUAAGAGUAUUGAAAGUGAGCUAAAGGAACGUCUGAGGAAAGGUGUUUAUGGUGAAAUAUAUAAUUUCCCCUUCAAGCAGUUUGAUACCAUCCUUGACAUGGAAAAGGAUGAGUUGGCUACUGAGAUAGAAGAGGAAGAAGAAGGUGAGAUAGAGUAUGUUGAAGGCGAUGAUAUCGAGAUGGGUGACAUGGACGAUAUGGAAGAUUUUGAAGGUUUUGGUGAUGAAGAUGAUGAUGGAGAUGAAGAUGAUGAUUUGGAUGAGCCAGCAACAAAGAAGCCCAAGCUACCAGGCUCCGAUUCAAGGUCAAAGAUUGGGCGGAAGUCUACGAAGGUUAUCACAGAGGUGGAAGAAGACGAGGACAGGGGUAGCAGGCAAAGGACGCGAAUGUGAUUCACCGGGCGCGGCUUCAGUAAUAUGCUCGGUGUUGAUGAUGGUGUACUUUAGAUAAUUUUUCCUCUUAUCUUCUGAUGGUAAUCUGUAGAAUUCAUAUGUUGGUUAUUUUGCGGCGAAUAUGGAAACUGACAUGAGCUGUGAAUUAGAACAGUGUUGUACUUCGAGCAGUGUUGAGUGUCUCAGAUCAGAACCAGUUUUGUGCGAAGCUGCGGUGAACGUGAACUGUUAAUGUUAAGUUGUGUAAUGGGGCGCUUUUGAAUUUACAAUUACACAGGCAGGACAGGAAACUA